UGAAGAUAGUGUGUAGCUGCUUCUGGACUCAAGGAGGAGGAGAGAGGUUCCGCGAGCCGACACCAUGCGAUCCAAGGCGAGGGCGAGGAAGCUAGCCAAAAGUGACGGCGACAUUGUAAAUAACAUGUACGGGCCGGACCCCGACCUGCUGGCGGGCGAGAGCGCGGAGGACGAGACUGAGGACAGCAUCAUGUCCCCCAUCCCCAUGGGGCCGCCGUCCCCCUUCCCCACGCCCAAAGAAGGCUCGCCAUAUGAGGCCCCGGUCUACAUCCCUGAGGACAUCCGCAUCCCCCCGGGCUUCGAGCUCCGUGAGUCCUCCAUCCCCGGAGCCGGCCUGGGCAUCUGGGCCAAGAAGAAGAUGGAGGUAGGGGAGCGGUUCGGCCCGUACAUGGUGGCGCCCCGGGCCACGCUGAACGAGGCGGACUUCGGAUGGGAGCAAAUGCUGACGGAUGCGGAGGUGUCAUCACAGGAGGGCUGCAUCCAAAAGCAGAUCUCCGAGGACCUGGACAGCGGGAAGCUCUGCGUGGAUGCUCAGCAGGCCGGGGCUGGCAGCUGGCUCAAGUACAUCCGCGUGGCAUGCUCCUGUGACGACCAGAACCUCACCAUGUGUCAGAUCAAUGAGCAGAUUUAUUAUAAAGUCAUUAAGGACAUUGAGCCAGGAGAAGAGCUGCUGGUCCAUGUGAAAGAAGGCGCCUACUCUCUGGGGGCGGUGCCUCCCAGCCUGGAUGAGGAGCCCACGUUCCGCUGCGACGUGUGUGACGAGCUCUUCCCGUCCAAGCUGGACCUGCGGCGCCACAAGAAGUACGCGUGCAGCUCAGUGGGGGCCGCGCUCUAUGAGGGCCUCGCUGAGGAGCUCAAGCCUGAGGGCCUGGGCGGUGGCGGCGGUGAUGGGCAGGCCCACGAGUGCAAGGACUGCGAGCGGAUGUUCCCCACCAAGUACAGCUUGGAGCAGCACAUGGUCGUCCACACGGAGGAGCGAGAGUACAAGUGUGACCAGUGUCCCAAGGCCUUCAACUGGAAGUCCAACCUCAUCCGCCACCAGAUGUCCCACGACAGCGGCAAGCGCUUCGAAUGUGAAAACUGCGUGAAGGUGUUCACGGACCCCAGCAACCUGCAGCGACACAUCCGCUCUCAGCACGUGGGCGCCCGGGCCCACGCCUGCCCAGACUGCGGGAAGACCUUCGCCACCUCCUCGGGCCUCAAGCAGCACAAGCACAUCCACAGCACCGUCAAACCUUUCAUAUGUGAGGUCUGCCACAAGUCGUACACGCAGUUCUCCAACCUGUGCCGCCACAAGCGCAUGCACGCGGACUGCCGCACGCAGAUCAAGUGCAAGGACUGCGGGCAGAUGUUCAGCACUACCUCGUCCCUCAACAAGCACCGGCGCUUCUGCGAGGGCAAGAACCAUUACCCGCCGGGAGGCAUCUUCGCGCCCGGCCUGCCCCUGACCCCCAGCCCCUUGAUGGACAAGGCCAAGCCACCCCCCAGUCUCAACCAUGCCGGCCUGGGCUUCGGCGAGUACUUCCCCUCCCGGCCGCACCCCGGGAGCCUGCCCUUCUCCGCGGCACCCCCCAGCUUCCCCACGCUCACACCCGGCUUCCCGGGUAUCUUCCCUCCAUCCCUGUACCCCCGGCCACCUCUGCUACCUCCUACGCCGCUGCUCAAGAGCCCCCUGAACCACACGCAGGACGCCAAGCUCCCUAGCCCCCUGGGGAACCCGGCCCUGCCCCUUGUCUCCGCCGUCGGCAACAGUAGCCAGGGCACCACAGCAGCCGCGGGGCCCGAGGAGAAGCUGGAGGGCCACCUGGAGGAGGCGUACGCCACCAAGCUCAAGCCCCGGGGCAGCGACCUGUCAGACGGCAGCGACUUCGAGGACAUCAACACCACGACCGGGACCGACCUGGACACGACCACGGGAACAGGCUCCGACCUAGACAGCGACGUGGAUAGUGACCGUGACAAGACCAAGGACAAGGGCAAGGCGGCCGAGGGCAAGCCAGAGUUCGGGGGCAGCACGGUGCCCCCAGGCGCCCCCAACAGUGUGGGCGAGGUUCCCGUCUUCUACUCCCAGCACUUCUUCCCGCCGCCCCAGGAGCAGCUGCUGACAGCGUCAGGCGCGGCGGGCGACUCCAUCAAGGCCAUCGCGUCCAUCGCUGAGAAGUACUUCGGGCCUGGCUUCAUGGGCGUACCGGAGAAGAAGCUGGGCGCGCUGCCCUACCACUCCGUGUUCCCCUUCCAGUUCCUGCCCCACCUCCCUCACUCCCUGUACCCCUUCACGGACCGUGCCCUCACCCACAACCUGCUGGUCAAGGCCGAGCCAAAGUCGCCCCGGGACGCCCUCAAGGCUGGCGGCCCCAGUGCCGAGUCCCCCUUUGACCUCACCACCAAACCCAAAGAGGCCAAGCCCAUCCUGCCAGUGCCCAAGGUGCCCCCAGCCCCGGCGUCUGGUGAGGAGCAGCCGCUGGACCUGAGCAUUGGCAGCCGUGCACGGGCCAGCCAGAAUGGAGGGGCCCGGGAGCCCCGCAAGAACCACGUGUACGGCGAGCGCAGGCUGGGGCCCAGCGAGGGGCUGCCCAAGGCAUGCCCGGCCCAGCUGCCCCAGCAGCCACCCCUGCACUACGCCAAGCCAUCGCCCUUCUUCAUGGACCCCAUCUACAGGGUGGAGAAGCGGAAGGUGACCGACCCGGUGGGAGCCCUUAAGGAAAAGUACCUGAGGCCAUCCCCGCUGCUCUUCCACCCCCAGAUGUCAGCCAUUGAGACCAUGACGGAGAAGCUGGAGAGCUUUGCGGCCAUGAAGGUGGACUCUGGCAGCUCCCUGCAGCCCCUCCCACACCACCCCUUCAACUUCCGGUCCCCGCCCCCGACGCUCUCAGACCCCAUCCUCAGGAAGGGCAAGGAGCGAUACACGUGCAGGUACUGUGGCAAGAUCUUCCCCCGGUCAGCAAACCUCACGAGACACCUGAGAACGCACACCGGGGAGCAGCCGUACAGGUGUAAGUACUGCGACCGCUCCUUCAGCAUCUCCUCCAACCUCCAGCGGCACGUGCGGAACAUCCACAACAAGGAGAAGCCCUUCAAGUGCCACCUGUGCAACCGCUGCUUCGGGCAGCAGACCAACCUGGACAGGCACCUGAAGAAGCACGAGCACGAGCACGCGCCAGUGAGCCAGCAUGCGGGGGUCCUCACCAACCACCUGGGGACCAGCGCCUCCUCCCCCACCUCUGAGUCGGACAACCACGCACUUUUAGAUGAGAAGGAAGACUCCUAUUUCUCUGAAAUCAGAAACUUUAUUGCCAACAGUGAGAUGAACCAAGCAUCAACACGAACAGACAAACGGCCAGAAGUCCAGAACCUAGAUGGCACCUCCCAGUGCCCAGGCCUGGCCAUCAGGAAGCCAGAGGACGUGGAGGAGGAGGAGGAGGAGGAGCUGGAGGAGGACGAUGACAGCCUGGCAGGGAAAUCACAGGACGACACCGCAUCCCCCACACCCGAGCCUCAGGGCGCCUACGAGGAUGAUGAGGAUGAGGAGCCACCCACCUCCCUGGCCGUGGGCUUUGACCACACCCGAAGGUGUGUUGAGGAGCCACCAGGCGGUCUCUUGGCUUUGGAGCCGAUGCCGACUUUUGGGAAGGGGCUGGAUCUCCGCAGAACAGCUGAGGAAACGUUUGAAGUUAAAGAUGUGCUUAAUUCCACCUUAGAUUCUGAGACUUUAAAACAGACCCUGUACAGGCAGGCUAAGAACCAGGCGUAUGCAAUGAUGCUGUCCCUUUCCGAGGACGCUCCUCUCCACGCCUCUUCCCAGGGCCCUCUGGACGCUUGGCUGAACAUCACGGGAGCCACGCCAGAGUCUGGAGCCUUUAACCCCAUCAACCACCUCUGACCGGCCUGAGAGGGGCUGGGGUCAGAGUCCAAGUGAGGCCACCAGGGCCCCCGACUUCCCAACAGAAAUCUCCAUGGCAGAAGACGGAGGCAAGGGCCUUGGGAGCCUGUGUGGCUUGGGGCCGAGGAGACCCCUCCUUGUCACCUGUAUCUGACCACUCGUCAGCGUCUGUUCCCCUCUCCAUGGUCCAACUCUGACUUUUGCAAUGACAACUCAGAACCCAGCAUCCUUGGAGCCAUCAUAGGGUUUCACUGGCUCUAAGCAUCAGUCUUGAGAAUGGCUUUCAGAUGGUACAGCUCACUCUAUCCAGGCACAGCACUGGGGGCUGCCUCACAGAGUCAACCCCAUGGGCAAGGACGGGGUUUGAACCCCACACCGAGGCUGGUGGGCCUCUCCCGGGCGCCGUGUGGCAUCUAGGGAGGGAACGGACAUCUGGGCGUGCACUAAGGAGGGAAUCGCCCUGACAAUUUUUAUAAAGAAAAUGACAAGAAUGAUCCUUUUGGUAAUCUUAUUGACGACAGAGUCUAUUUAAGCAUGUGGUUUUAAAAAUAGACAGUAUUUUUUAAAAAAGAUCACAAAGUGACUUGCAAAUUGUUUUUUAAAAGUAAUUUUGCAUUGCUUUGAAAUCUCAGCUUCUUUGCAAACCCAAACCUGCCUGGGACCCAGCCCUGCGUUUGGGGGUGUUCUUUAUACUGUAGAUAAUGGAGAGAUUUUCUAUCCCUGACUGUGUUUGUAAAGCCAAGGUGAUUCUGGGCACCCUGCCCCCAGAACCGAGGGGCGGAGCCCACUCCCGGGAGCAGUUUGAGACUGUGCCUGGAAUCAGAUACGAUGUCCUGGGCUGGCCCAAGGCUGGGACUCAGAGAUGUGCCUGUCAUUGUGUGACAUGGGAUUCGUUCCCGCGUCCCCCACCCAGGGGGAGGUCGGAGCAGGGACUUGGUCCCCAGCGCAGAAGUGGCCAAGCCCCUCUGCCCUGCCCCCAACCAUUCUGCAGAAGGCAGGGCCCGCUGGUCAUCUUGGGAU